AUUUUUAAAACAAAAAAAGUUGCUUGGAUAAUGGUUUUAUAAUUUUUGUUUUAAAAACUGUUUUUAGUUUUUUGUUUUUAAAUACAAAAAAACCAAAACAAGUUUCGGCUGUUUCUAUUCCCGAUUUUUUAAUCUGACCGAGCAACUCAUCUCAUUUUAGUUUCUUUUUCUUCGAGUUUGCUUCUGGUGUAGAGGGUUCAUCCUCUCGUCGGCAUCGCUGACUCUCUUCUCGCCAGCGUCGCUGCCUCCCUUCUCGCCGGCGUCGCCUUGGACAGUUCUCUCUCCUUUCAGCAAGUUUGUUACUAGCUAAAUUUCCGAAAGAGGCGUAAGUUUCCUUCUCAUCCAUCGCUUUUCAUCUUCACUUUUCUUCAUCACAUUUCAUCUUCACUUUUAGGUUAUUGCGGAUGCUCAAAUUUUUCUUCUCAAUUACUUUACCUAUUACUUUAAUUUGUUAGAUCUUAUAUUUAAACUUCAUCGCUUUUCAUCUUUAAUUGAUGCACAUAGAUCUAGCAUUUCAAUUGUUAUAAUUUUGUUCUUGUUCUGCUGUUUGUGUUGCUGAUUCAGCUAAUUAUUAUAUUAUUUCUUUUGAGUUACACUAACGCAGAGGUAGAUUUUGCUAAAUUUACUUUUCAUGUUGUUAUUAUUAUGUAGUUCCUUCUGGUUCUGGUGUUAUUGUAAUUUUGUUUAGUUUCAAACUCAUUCUUUUGAUUUAAAGGAAGGUAGUGAUAGUAGGGAAGUAGAUUUAAAGGAUUGAAAAUUGGUAUGAACUCAAACAUAAGCACAGAAACUUCUCGGUGGUGCUUGCUGGAGUUAAACUUCUCCAUUUUCUUUGAAUUUAAGUUGAGUUAGUCUACUUAUUGUAAUAUUCACUUAUGAUAGAUGAAAACUAAUGUUGACUCAAAGAUGUGGACUGACCCAAUAGUUAAAGCUUUGAUAGACAUUUUAGUUGAAGAAGUCCAAAAAGGAAAUAUGCCAAAUGGUGUGUUUCACUCUAGAACAUGGACUUCCAUGACUGCAAGGUUGAAUUCUGUAACCAGUCGUUCAUUCAAUGUUAAGCAACUAAAACAAAAGGUGAAUCGAUUGCGGAGUAUGCAUCGUGAGUUCACUUUAUUACUGAAACACACUGGAUUUGGGUGGAGCGCAGAAACAAACACUGUUACUGCAAGUGAAGAAGUUUGGCAAAACUAUCUUCAGGCACAAGAAAAGGCUGCUUAGUUUUGAAAGAAAGGAUGUGACCACUAUAAGCUGUUGGGAAUCAUAUUCAACAGAAGUACUGCAACUGGAGUACUCCAUCACUCUUCUACCCAAGACCCACUAAAUAGUGAUGAAGAAAAUGAACUGGAAAAUCAAUAUCUUAACAGUGGGGUUCAUAGAGAUGAUAAGGAUAGUUCAGAUGAUGACAUUCAAGAGGUGGAGCAUAUCACACAAAGUGGAAAAUGCAUAAUUCAAACAAAAGAGCGCAAGUCUAAGAAAGAGUCCAGAAAAUAUCAAAUGCAAAAGCACUUGCAGUAUGGGUUGAAGCUUCUAAGGCAAGAGCAGGGUGGUAAGAGUGUGGAGGCUAAUUCUGAAUAUACUGCAGCUAAAUGUGUCAUUGCUCUUGAGGAGAUUGAAGGCAUUCGAGCUGACAUAUUUGUUAAAGCUUUGGAAAAAUUUAGGGAAUAUGAUUGGAGGGAAAUGUUUCUUACCAUGUCUGUUGAUGGGAAAAGGAAAUGGUUAGAUAUGCUUUAAAAACAUAGUUGUUGAUCAAUUAGGAAGGAAUCUCUAGUAACAUAGUACCAUAGGCUAUAGUCAUGUGGAUUAUGUGUUACCUAUGCAAGUAUUGUCAUUUUCUCUUCUUUUUUUCCCCUUUCAACGUUAGGUUCAGAACUUGCAAGCCUAUAUGUUUACACACACAUGCCCCUUUUAUAUGAAAAACUAGCCAUGCAAUGCUCAAUUAGUUGGUGUUUAGGAAUGAUCAUUUGCAAUUGAAUAGUGUUA